GUCCAGAGACUGUGUGAACAUGGGCACUAUACAGUAUUAUGAAUACGUACAACGAAGCUUAUGCAAUUAAAAUUGUAAAAAAUCGUCUUUCAAAGGUUUUGCCAGGCUAACAUGGCUAUCAUCAAUGCUCUGCUGCUGUUUCUAAUCUUAAGAACUUAUUUUGCCAUAGCAGUGAAUUAAACUUUGGAAAAAAUACCAGGAGACAGUGCCUGUGUGUUGAGCAAGACAAGAUAACAAAGCCACUUCCAUAACCUGGGUCUCAAUGUGCACCUUGGUCUGUUGUAUGCUUCCUAUACUAAGUAAAAUACAAGAAGUGACUCUGAGGCUUCAGCCAAACAAGCAGUUCAGAGUGUUGUUUCAGAAGAUCAGAAAUCAGAUUUUAAAGCUACUGAAAUGCAAUCAGAAGGUUCCAAAAUAGUAGUGCUUGAUGACAAGAAGCAAAUUAGCAGCAGCAACAACAACAACAACAAUAGUAACAUUAACAAUGGGGCAUCAAAACAUCAAGUUGAAAGAGAAGGCAAUUGUUACUGUGGCAAGGAUCGUAACUUGAACAUUGUAGAACUUCUGUGUGCCAGCUGUUUUCGCUGGUACCAUGAAUCCUGCAUUGGCUAUCAGCUGGGAAAAUUGGUUCCAUUUAUGAUGAAUUAUUUUUUUGUUUGCAAAAAUUGUUCGCCUACUGGCCUCGAAAGCUUCAAAAAGAAUCAAGCACCAUUCCCCCAAAUGUGUGUAACAGCGAUUGGAAACUUGAUGCAAGCCAGUGUAAAAGAAGGCUCGCCACGCGUCAUGUUUUCCAAGGAACGAGAUAUCAUUCCAUUUAUUGACUCACAUUGGGAGGGAAUGACCACAAUGCCUCGUAGGGUGACUCAGUCAUGGCACUCAACAAUUCAUCGAGCUCUGACAAAGGACGUCGGGACAUUAUUUGUCUGUGAAGAAGUUGCUAGUGAUGGGAACCAUCCUUUAUUUGGGCUGUUGGCUCCUGACCUAACUCAAAUCAAACCAAACUAUGAGGCAAUGAUCCGCGGGGGCCACCUUAAAGUUACCGAUAUGGGCAUUCAGCAUGGUGGUGUUAAGGGUCGCAGUACUAAGAGAAAGCUGCCGGGUGGUGAUCAGGGUCCAGGGGCAGGAAAAAAGGGUCGAGGUGGUGGUGAGGUUACUGCCCCUAAGCUUCCUGCUCAUGGGUACCCAUUGGAGCAUCCUUACAACAAGGAUGGUUACCGUUACAUCCUGGCUGAACCAGACCCGCACGCACCAUUUCGACAAGAAUUUGAUGAAAGUAGUGACUGGGCUGGGAAACCAAUACCAGGCUGGCUGUAUCGCACCCUGAGUCCGAGCUCGGUCCUCCUGGCCUUGCAUGAUCGGGCUCCACAACUGCGAAUCUCAGAGGACCGCCUUGCUGUGACUGGAGAUAAGGGUUACUGUAUGGUCAGAGCAACACACGCCGUAAGCCGAGGUUCUUGGUACUGGGAGGCCACUGUGGAAGAAAUGCCAGAGUCCUCUGCAACACGACUUGGCUGGGCACAGGAAUAUGCUAAUCUGCAAGCCCCUCUUGGUUAUGAUAAAUUUGGAUAUUCUUGGAGAUCUAGGAAGGGCACGCGGUUCCAUGAAUGUCGAGGAAAGCGUUAUAAUGCUGGCUAUGGAGAAGGGGACACAUUGGGCUUUCUCAUUAUGCUUCCAGAAUCACCUCAUAUUAAUUACAUCCCUCACACGUAUAAAGAUAGGCCACUAGUGAAGUUCAAAAGCCAUUUGUAUUAUGAAGAGAAAGAUCGAGUUGCAGAAAGUCUUAAGGCAUUGAAAGUUCUUUCGGGUAGUAAGCUGAUUUUCUUCAAGAAUGGAGUAUGUCAAGGGGUUGCCUUCACUGACAUGUAUGGUGGACAUUACUUCCCUACCCUCUCAUUACACAAAAGUGCCACAGUGUCUGUCAAUUUUGGCCCCAACUUCAAGUAUCCGCCGUCGAACAUGUCAUUCCGAGGGAUGUGUGAGAAGGCAGAGGAAGCUAUCUGUGAGCAGACUAUGGCUGACCUUCUGUACCUGACUGAAAACGAGGGAAAGUUACGUCUGGACACAUACUGCAUGUAGCACUCAGUCUGAAUAUUACAGGAUCUUCAGCCUUGCUGUUUCUUACUAGUGUCCAGUGUGGAGCUGCAAUGUGCAAACAGUGGGUAAGUUGGUACAAACUACAGGGCUACUCAACAUACAUCUAACCUCUGCUGAAUUUCUGUGCGCAUCUGAGUUCUGCCUUGUCUAGACAUCAACAGGGUGGCAUGAUAUGCAAGAUACAAGAAGAAAAAAACCUCCAGCAAUUUAUAGAUACACAAAAUGUAUGUAAAGAAUAUAAAAUAAAACAAAUGCACUGAUGUGUUAUAAGAAGUGAA